AUGUACAGCUCGGCAUUGAUCCUGGUCCUGUCCGUAACAGGCAGCCUAGCCUCCGUGCUACCCCGAGCGGAGGACCCGUCCUUCAAAUUCCAAAUGGCCCCCGACAAGGCCAGCCGAUCACCUUGCCCGGUCCUUAACGCUCUUGCCAACCACGGCUACCUGCCACGAGAUGGCAUGAAUAUUACCAUGGAUCAGCUCAAGUUCGCUUUCAGCAAAGCGCUCAAUAUCGACGAGAAGGUCACGGUGUCACUUAGUACACCCGCUCUUACGACUUCGACCACGGGAAACGCGAGCACCGUCAACCUGGCGGACAUGGUUAAGCACAACGUCAUCGAGCACGACGGAAGCUUGUCUAGAGCAGAUCAGGCCGUUACAGGUAACGCCAACAAGUUCGACGCUACGGUCUGGAACCAAGUCAAGGCCCAAUUCACCGCUCCGACGAUCGACAUAAAGACAAUGGCAAAGGCCCGGAGCAUCAGGAUUAGCGCUGCCAUGGCGGAGAACCCCCAGUUUAACCUUACGCAGGCUCAAGUCAAGACUUCCUUUGCCGAGUCUGCUUUCAUCCUGGGCGUCAUGGCGGGUGACUUCAAGGCUCCGAUGGCCCCGACACAGUUUAUGAACAUCAUCUUUGAGCAGGAGCGAUUCCCGUUCAACGAGGGAUUCAAGACAUCGGCAACCAAGGUUACUGGAGAUCAAGUUGAUGCAUUGAGUGCGGCAAUUAUGAAGGCCACGAUAUGA